UCUUGGUUUUAAAUCUGAUUGAGCCCUCAGUAACAACCUGAGUAACAACCUCAGUAACAAGUGGAAUGUUAAAAAGGUGUUGAUCCCUUUUCUAGAUUUUGGGUUUUAUAGAUUUUGGGUCUUUUAUUUUUCAAAACACCUGGUGUUAAAAGUGGUUAAUUCAGUUGAAUCUAGAGGGUAGGCUAUGGAGGAUUGAAACUGUGUUGUGUUGAUUAUUGACCUUUGCUCAGAGCAUUCUGUAGUACUCCUCUCUUCUCCUUUUUAAACAGACUGCACUUGCCACUUGCUUCUGCCUAUGAUACCUCCUUUCCAUGCUGUCAGUUCUUGCUUCUUGCUGGGACUUAUGCUAUCUGCCAACUCCUAGGUUUCUCCUGGGUGAAACUGUGGAGAAUCUAAUCACAUAUCUAGGCACCCUACAUGCUGGAAAAACUCUGUCGGCACAAAGAAAAGACUUGUCCACAGGCUCCAUAGUUUUGACAUAAGACUUCCUGAUCUGCCAAUAGCUAAACCCUAGAGAGAGCCCUGAGCAGUUGAAUACUCCCAGAUUCCUUUAUUUAGCUAACAGGUGGCCCUGUAUCUUAUAGCUGUGGCCAGAGUCUCACAUACAAUCAAUCUUCUGUUGGAGUGAAAGAACAUUGUUGGCUUCCUAUAAACAUAACUAGAGCCCCUGAUGGAACCCUUUACUUAGGUUCCUCAGGAGUUCAGUGAUCCACCAGAACUGAUAAACAGUCCAUAGUUUCAUUCACCAGCAUUCUAUAACUUCCAUCUCCUGCACCCAAACAGAGGUUGGCACAAACUUUGCCAUGUGACUAAUUUCAGGAGUAAUUAAUGGAUCCCAUCCACAGCAGUGGCAGUAACUCCCUGAACUCAACCAAGCAAUGAAACCAGGUAGAGUGAAAGUUUGACAUCAGUUCAAGUUUCCUUUAUUUUGGGAUCUCAAAUACUCAAGACUGACAUCCUUACGCCUCCAUCUCCGAGGAUUCUAUCCUCUAAACCUGACACCCAGGAGUGAAUCAGUGCAGCCCAGCAUCAUCACCCAUAGGGGGCCCAGCUUUGUCUCUAUCAAAUGGUUUCAGCUCCACCCGGAGGGGUCUCUGUCUUAUUUCUGGCCAUUUGAUCUUAAGCACUGUGUUCCCUACAAUCCUUAACCAGAACUCGUGCAUCUCACACAGUUCAUCAGAGAUUUGGGUGCAGCAGUGGAUGGAUGUCGUUGUCCUGAAAGACCCCCUGCUAGUGAGUACAAGGGCUGACUUGGUGGCAGGGGGCUCUCCUGAAGAGCUUUCUCCUGGUGAGGCCCAUCCUCCAGAUCUUGGGGUUGGAGGUCCAGAUGAGAGAACAUGAGGAUAUUCUUACCACAUCAUGCAGACAUGCAGUGGCCUCCUAACUGGUCUCCUCCUGUCCAUGUUUUCCUCUUUUCAAUUCUCCACAUGGCAGUCAGGAAAUCUCAUGGUGGCUUUCUUUUAUUGAAAGCCCUUCCCUGUCUCACCUGUAUGCCCUUGUCCUUGCCAGUCUUUCCAGUCCCACCUCGUGCCACCUUCCUCCUGUGCUGUGUUCCAAUUUUUUUUUUUUUAGUUCCUCACAUUUAUUGCUCCCUCCUGCUUGAGCUUUUCCACAUGCCGUUUUCUUUGACUUUUCAAUGUAUUAAUUCCCACUCAUCUUUUUGAGCUCAGUUCAAAUGUCAUCUCUUCAGGGAAGCUGUCCUUGAGUCCCCCAUUACUCCCUUUGUAGCUCUACAUCAAUUCCUUCCUAGUUUGUAAUUUUAUAUCUGAGCAAUAUUUCCUGUCUACCUCCCAACCAGCUUGUAAGCUUCAUGAAGGCAGAGUUUAUGUCUAUAAAGGUUUCCCCUGGAUCCCUGAGUACCCGCAUGGUAGAGGCUUGAUAAAUAUUUACUAGACGAAUAAAUUCACGAAAAUAAACAUGGAAAAUUACUACUAUCAGAGGCUCCACCAGAUGGUGAGUAGAUGUAGUUCCAUGACCUCAUGCACUUUCAGUGGUUCUGUCACAUGUGUGACAGCUAAGAAAUUUUUCAUUCUAUGUGACACAGAAAUUCGAUAUGACAGCUGCAGGAGUGGGUGCCUGGAUUCUUGUCCAGUUUCUCCUCCCUCAGUCUCUCUCUUCUUCCUUCUAGCUCACCCAAAAUACUCACUAGACAAGUGUGGACACAUACACAUACACACACAUGCACAUACACACACACACACAACUUUCCCAUAGCAUAUGAAUGGCAAAUUCUGGCUUCUUGAAUUCUAAAAAAUGUUUUUGCCUACAUUAUUUAUUUAGUGAGAUCUGUUAGUUGGCUUUGUUCUGUUAAAAACAAUAAUAUCAAUCAGAAAAUAACAUAACCUUUCUUUAAGAUUCACACAUUUCUUAAAAAUCUCAUUUCCUAGAGAUCUUAAUAGAAACUUUACACCACUUGGAAUUAUUUCCUAAGAGUACAUUUUUCACUCAAACUCUUUUCUGGCCACUUAACUUUUCACUUCGUCUAGAUUUUUUUUUUUCUAAAAAGAUCAUGAGGUACUUGAGGGGAGAGUCUACGGAUCUUCUAGUUUAUACUCUCCCCAACCUACAUCUGUGCACAAAAAAGUGUUUAACAAAAUUCUCUCAAUUGUUUCCAGAAAGAGAAUUUAAGUUGAAGAGGAAAAGAAAAUGAAGUUAUUACAAAAUUGUAUAUUCUAUAAUUAUAUUUCAUGUCCUAUGACAAAGGAAAAUGAAGACUGUAGGCAAGAAGGUAAAUCUGUAUUCUAGUUGGUUGAGGUAAAAGCCAUGGUAACUGUGAAAGUAAGUUACUGUUAAUAACCAGAAAGAAGACAAAUUCACAAAUUAUCAUUUUCAUGGAAAAUUAUUAUUGCAAACUGCUCUGGAUUAAACAGUCCUUGAGGCUUAAACAUUCUAUUAUGGCCAACUUUAACUCUUAUAUAUGAUUAACACUCUUUUUAUUAUCCCACUGAAUUUCAUAAACCCCACGAGGAGGACUCAGAGUGUAAGCAAUCAUGUAGAAGAAUGUAAUGUGAAUCAGAAGAACUUCCUGACUUCAGACUAUAGAUUCUCUGGGUUGAGAAGAAAGGUCAAGUCUAGAUGGUAAAUGAACAAGAGGAGAACUAACCUUGGUGGGUCACUGAAGAGGGAACUGGUCUUGCCCCACUGGGGAGGAGCAAACUAACAGAAGCAUCAUGUAAGUUUGCAGGAACCGAGAAGAGAGACGAUCUCAAUGUUUUCUUAAAUAGAAACUCAAGAAAACCCAAGAUCUCAGAGACUAAAAGGGCUGUGUGGCCGAUAUGAGUCAGGGGCAGCUUACAGAGUCUCAUGUGCCACAAUGUGACCUGCAAGCAGGCAGGUGGUUCUGUGGCCUGAGUGACCCAGGAGAUGGGGUCUUAGAUAGCACCCCACAGUUUCCAAGCCUGCCAGUUUCUCAGCCUGGCAGUGGAAUGAAAAUAUGUGUCCCCUACAGUCUGUAUAGAAGUUGAAAGGGUGGUUGUCAAACCUGCAGGGACCUUUUUAAUGGAAUCAUGAAGAUGGUGCAGCAGUCAGACCUAUAUGUCCAGUGAACAAACAUGAAACAGGAUGAUGGGUGGCUGAAUGAAAACCAAGGUGACAGCAGACAGUUAAGGACCAGACGCCACAUCUCCCAGUGCUUUAACACUCCACAAGCACCCCAGAAAUUAAAUGUAUCCCUUUGGUAUAUAUUGACUAAAUUUAAAUUUUUACCACUUAGAGGCCAGGGGCUCUAAAUAGAAAAUCAGAGGAAGAUAAAGUUACUAUUUCUUACACAGCUGAGUUUGUGAGCUGAAAGUGAAACCAAUACACAAACCUCUUUAGAAAUGCUAAUGUUCUGCAUUCACAUAUUAUUAUGUGAACAAAGUAUUUCUUUGAUUAAUAGCAUCCCUUCACCUAGUUUUGAACUAACGGGAGAAUAUAGCGUAUUUGGGUGAAGAAGAAAGGUGGGAGGAUUGUUGUCAAAGGAUUCUCUUUCUAAUGGGAAGAGAAGGAGGAGAACAUUAAGAGAAAAAGAAAGAAAAGCAGACAGAUGAAUAACCAACAUCUCCUCUGUUCUCAUUUCGAUAUUCAUCCUGAAUUAAUGGGACUUUCUGUUUUUCUAGCAUACUCACAAAGGAUACUUUAAUCUAGACUACUGAAGAUGCAGUGUUAUCGGAGGUGUGGAAAAACAAUGGUAGGUUUAAUAACUCAACCCAGGUUUAAUUUCUAGCUUUGCCAUUUCAUACAGGUGUGACUUUGGACAAUACCUUAACCUAUUUGAACUUCAGUUUCUUCAACUGUAAGAAAGGUUUAACACAGCCCAUUGAAUCACUGAGAGAAUUGAGUCAGUGUACAUGAAAGAGAUUAGUAAAUGGUAAAAAACCCAACAGCAAUGCACAAUGUAGGUCAUUUUGUGGUAAAGGAGACUAUGGGGAGAGAUAAAACAGGUGGAGAAGGCACAUGGGGGUGAAAGGUGCUAUUCUGGAGUCUUUGAACAAACAGUUCAACACAAGGACAUCAGGCUUACUGGAAGAAAGUAGUCCAGAAGAGAAAAAUUAGGAAAGGAGUUUUAUGGCCAUUAAAGACAGACCCAGAUAUCCUGACUGGAAGUCUAAUAAUUACAACAUCAAACUCUGUUUAUUUAUGCUUAGUUGUAGACUCUCUUGCUCAUUUACCUUAGAGAUCUACUUACAAUUAGUAUUAGGUACCUUGCCCUGUACUUAGAAUUCCAGAACAGGGCAAUCACUACUCACACUUUCAAUAUAAGAAAUCAACAGAAAUUGGGAGGGGCAUGAGGGGAUGGGUAAAAUGGGUGAAGGGGAGAUACAGACUUUCAGUUAUAGAAUGAAUAAGUCAGGGGAAUAAAGGGUACAACACAGAGACUAUAGUCAAUGGUAUUGUAAUAGUGUUGUAGGUUGACAGAUGUGGCUACACUUGUGGUGAGUACAGCAUAAUGUAUAAGCUCAUCAGAUCACUAUGUUGUACAUCUGAAACUAAUGUAAAAUUGUGUGUUAACUACACUUCAAUUUAAAACAAGAGAGAGAGAGAGAAACCACAGUAAUUGGGGCUUUAGGAACUGAUAGUUAAUCUUUCAACCGUUAGAAAUCCUUCUUAGUUAUUGUCCUUACCAUGAAAACCCCUGGAUACUAAUUCAACUAGUUGUUUUUUUUUCUGACAUCUCUGGAAGUUUCACACUUCUGUGCAAAAAUCUUUGUCAGUACUCUUUGAAAGCUGGGAAUUAGGAAGUAGGCUUUAAAUUUAGCUUCAGAUGACAUACAGAAAAGUCUGAAAUAGCAGCAAUCUUCCUGAUUUAAUUCAGGGUUGGCAUCCUUUAGUUGUGAAAUGAGAUGAAAAUCCCAUUCCCCAGAAUUCUUUUGAAGUAGUGUUUGGUGGGAAUAUUUUGUUAUGCUACUUAGGGUGUGGAUGAUAUCUCAAAAACAUAGCUAGCACAUAAUGGUCACUAGAAUGUCUUCUCAGGAGUGUAGGCCUGACCAACUAGAGCCCUCUGGGUUUCACAGAAAAUUUUGAUGGGUUUAUGAUUGUGACUUUUGGUGUAGAAACCAACAAGAGGUACAUGUUUUGUAUAAAUAGAGAGGAAACAUAAUUGAAGUGGGAGAGAAAGAGAUACCUUGUAUAAAACUGCAGAGCCAACAAAGGUAGGGCAGUAUUGGAGAAGGAGAAUUAAAGAGAGAUCUCUGGUACUGGGGAGCCAAAGGUGGAUGUCAAAGAACAGAUAUAGUAAGGGGAUUCCCACAAAUGUUUUAUUUUGAAAAAUACCAAAACUUUAGGAAGUUGCAAGAAUAGUAUAAUAAACACUAGUGUACCUCUUACAUAUACAUACACAUGUAUAUAGAAGGACAGAGAACAUACUUUUAUAAAUGCGUGUAUUCACAUUUUAUAUAUAGAUAGGCAGAUAAAAAAGUAGAUACAGAGAGGGGUGCCUGUGCGGCUCAGUUGGUUAAGCGUCUGACUCUUGAUUUCAGCUCAGGUCAUGAUCUCACAGUUGGGGAAUUCCAGCCCCACAUUGCACUUAAUGUGCGGAGCCUGCUUGGGAUUCUCUCUCUCUCCCUCUAUCUGUGUCUCUCCAUCCUGUCUCUUCUCUCUCCCUCCCUCCCUCUCUCUCUCUCUCAAAAAUAAAUAAACUUUAAAAAAGUAGAUACAGAGAGAAAUGUGUGUGUGUGUAUUUUUUUCCUGAACCAUGUGAAAGUUGUUUGUAGACAUGAAACUUUAUCACUAAAUACUUCAAAGGUGUCUUCUGAGAACAAGGCCAUUCUCCUAUAUGACCACAAUACAAUUAUCCCACUCAGGAACUUAAACUUGAUACAAUACAAUAUCUAAUAUUUGGUACAUAUUCAAUUUCCCCGAUUGUCCCAAUAAUAUCCUUAUAAAUCUCCAAUGUAAAGGGGAUUUUAAAAUUGUUUGCCAUGUUUGGCAUAAAUGCCUUUUCCAUUUUCCCAACAAAAUCAUCAAAAACAACUACAUUUUCAUUAAUGUUUUUUGCAAGUAAUUUCUACAGGGGAACUUGUAGAUGUCCCACGUCCAGAUUGGCAAUAAAUGAAAAUAGAAAUAAUAGCAGCUGCCACAAGAGAGAUUGGUUGAUACUGAUCACAUUUGAAGCAACUAUUUGGGGGAGAGGAGCUUUGUAGAGACAGUAAGUAAUGGAGACAUUUAAAACCACUUAUUCAGUUCCUUGUAUCCUGCCCCUUUUCUUCCUACCCAUGUUUUAAAUCUGUUCUGUCUUAGUUGUUAGUAUGUGAUAAGUGUUUCCCAGAUCCUACCAUGAUACAUUCAGCUUGCUCUCAUAGAUCUUUUGUAAAAAACAGAUUCUAUUUUUAGAGCAGUUUUAUAUAUACAGAAAAAAAAAAUGAGAAAACAGUACAGAGUUUCCAUACAUCCCCUCUCCCUCUACACACAAUUUCCCCUAUUAAUAUCUUACAUUAGUAUAGUAUGUUGGUUACAACUGAUGAACCAAUAUUCACAAAUUAUUAUUAAUGAGAUCCAUACUUUAUUCAGAUUUCCAUAGUUUUUAACCUAAUGUCCUUUCUGUUCCAAGAUCCCACCUAGGAAUCAGAAUUACAUUUAGUUGUUAUUUCUCCUUAGGCUCCUUAGACUGUGACAGUUUCUCAAACUUUUCUUGUUUUUGAUGUCCUUGACAGUUUUGAACUCAUAGGUCUUUUGAUAAUUUAAUCUCCAUACAUUGCUUGGCAGAGCACCACAACAAAUACUAUUUUGAAUUAAGUAAAAUCUUUGAUAAUUCGUGAAAAUCAAAUCCUGUUUGAAGUAGCUGCAUGAUAAAGAUGAUAAAGUUAUUUUAGCAGCCUUGCUUGUAUUAGGUCAUAUUAUGACUACUUAUUGAUUAAAUAUGGGAUAUAGAGUUCACAGCAUUCAUUGGGUGGCAUGGUCUUCUUUGUGUGGAUUGAGUCAAUGGAGCCCGAGGCACAAAGAUCAAUUGAGAGAGAACCAUUCAGAAGGUGCCUUUUCCCCUGGGGCCUUGUGUUCUUACAGACUACACAAGGCAGAUGUUUUAUGCUUUUCUCUCGGGGGUAAUUUGGCUUGAGACAUGCUACUAUCCUUUACCAAGCAAGUAUUUCUCUUGUCCUUUUAACUUUUUUUAAUUAAAGUACAAUUUACAAAUAGUGAUAAGCACAGAUCUUAUGUACACAGUUGGAGGUGUUCUGACAAAUGCAUUCACCUGUGUAAUCCACACCUUAUCAAGAGAGAGAAUAUGUUCAUCACCAUAGAAAGUUAUCUCAUGCCUUUACCAAGUAAAUGCCUGCCCUUAAUCCCCAGAGGCAACCACUGGUUCAAUUUCUUUCACUGUAGAUUAGGUUUGCUUGUCCUAGGACUUCAUAUAAAUGGGAUCAUAUAUUUUGUACUCUUUUGUGUGUGGGCUUCUUUAGCUUAGCAUAAUGCUUGUGAGAUUCAUUCAUGUUUUGCAUCUAUCAAAAGUUUAUGCCAUUUUAUUGCUGAGUAGUAUUCAUUGUAUUGUAUCAAUAUACCACAAUUUCUUUAUCUACUUUUAUAUUGAUGGGAAUUUUUUUCUGAUUUUUUGGCUGUUUUGAAUGAAGCUACUGUGAAUAUUCUACUUUAUGUCUUUUAUGUGGACUUUAUGUUUCUCUUGAGUGUGGAAUUUCUGUGUCAUGUAGUUGGAGUAUGUUUAAUGUUAUAAGAAGAUGUCAAACCAUUUCCCAAAGAGUGUGCAACACUUUACAGUCUGUGUUAAUUAUCUAUUGCUGCAUAACAAUUUAACAGCUUAAAUCAACACACAUUUAUUAUCUCCCAGUUUGGGUCAGGAGACUGGGCAUACCUUAGUUUAUCCUUUGCAAGACUGUAAUCACAGUGUUGACCAAAACUGGGUUCUCCUAUGGAGGCUUAAUUGGGGAAGGAAGAAUUCUGUUGACAGGAUUAACUUCCUUGUGUUGUGUGAUUGAGGACUUCAGCUUCUUGCUGGCUGAGGUGGUUGCCCUCAGUUGCUAGAGGCUGCCAGCAGUUUCUUACCAUAUGGCGUUCUUUAACAUGGGCAGUUUGAGUUGCUUCCUCGAAGCCAGCAAAGGAGCAAGAGAUUCCAGCUAGGUGAGUGCUAUAACCUUAUAAGAUGUAGUCAUGUAAUCAAAUAUAUUCAAUCAUAUACAUCUCAUUACCUUUUCCAUAUUCUAUUACAAGUCCCACUUAUGCUCAAGGGAAGGGAUCACAUAGGGCAUGAAUACUAGGAGGUGGGGAUCAAAGGAGACCACCUUAUGGGUAUGCGUAUCACAUACUCGCACCAGAAAUGAAUGAGAGUUUUGGUUGCUUCAUAUCUUUGCCAACAUUUGGUGUUGCCACUUGUUUCAUUUAGCCAUUAUAGUUGUUGUAAGGUAUGCCACUAUGGUUUAUUUUUUAGUUUGUUUUGUUUUAUUUUUAAUUUAAUUUAAUUUAAUUUUUGUGAGUAUGGUUAUAACACAAUGUUAAAUUAGUUUCAGGCACAAAACACAAUGUUUGGCAAGUUUAUACGUUAUGCUAUGCUCACCACAAGUGUAGCUACCAUCUGUCACCAUAAAAAGCUAUUAAAAUAUCACUGACUAUAUUCCCUAUGCUGUGCCUUUUAUUCCCAUUGUGGUUUUAAUUUGUAUUUCUGUAAUGUCUAAUGAUACUAAACAUUUCUUCAUGUGCUUAUUGGCUGAUUACAUGUCUUCUUUCAGGAAAUGUCUUUACCUGUAUUUGGCCCAUUUAAAAUAUUGUGUUGUUUGUCUUUUUAUUGUUGAAUUGGAGGUCUUCCUUAUAUAUUCUGGAUAAAGAUCCUUUGAUAGAUAUAUGUAUUAAAAUAUUUUCUCUCUGUCUAGGUCUUGCCUAGGUUUUUUUGUUAGCAGUGUCUUUUGAUGAACAGAUAAUUUUAACUUUGAUGAAAUUUAAUUGACCAAUUUUUCUGUAAUGUUUAGUACUGUCCUGGUGAGAACAUUUCUCUCUCAGUAAUUGAUAAAACAAGUAAAUGGUAAAUUUUAAAAUAACUCAUGAUACAGAGAAGAAAUCACAUGGGAAAUAAAAUAUUUUGAACUGAAUGUUAAUAAAAAUACAACAUACUAAACCAUCUCAUAUUUGUAAGAUAUAGCAGUUGAAUCAUUGCCUAGAAGGGAGUUUAUAGUGUAAAAUGCUUAAAUUAAAUUUAAAUUUUAAAGUUUUGAAGUUUCCAUCGUCCAAAGCAAAAGGGAAAAAAGAGUAAAUUAGCCCAAAGGAAGCUUAAAAAAGGAAACAAGAAAUGUAAGGAAAAUCAAUAAAAUAGGAAAUAAAUUAACCAGCUAGUUCAGUGAAAAUCAGUGUAAUGAAAAUUUGGUUCUUACAAAAGAAGAGUGGAGGCAAUAAAGCUCUACUUAGACUGAUCAAGAAAAAAAAAUCAAUAAAAAAACAAAAAAUUAAUAAAAUAAAAAUUUAAAUCAAUUAAAAAUUCAUUGAUAUAACACAUUGCAUCAUAUUAGCAUAGAGGACAAAAACCACAUUAUCAUCUCAAUAGAUACAGAAAAAAGCAUUUGACUAAAUCUAUAACCCUUUCAUGACAAAUACUCAACAUAUUAGGAAUAGAAAGAAAAUUCCUCACCCUGAUAAAGGGCUUCUAGGAAAAUCCCCCCAGAAAAUAUGAUACUUAAUGGUAAAAGACUGAAUGUGUUCCACUAAGGAACAGAAACAAGACAAUGGUGUUUGUUCUCACCACUUCUAUUCAACAUUGUAUUGAAGGUUCUAGCCUGGGAAGUUAGGCAAGAAAAUAAAAUAAAAGGCAUCCAGAUUGGAAAGGAAGAAGUCAAAUGAUCUCUAUUUUCAAAUGGUAUGAUCUUGUAUAUACAAAAGAAAAAGUCCUAAGGAAUUCAUUAAAAAUAAUGAACAAUCUAAAAAUAAGGAAAACAAGUCCACUUGCAAUAGUACCAAAAAGAAUAAAAUACUUAUAAAUAAAUUUACCUAAAUAAAUGUAAUACUGAUAUUUUGAAAACUGUAAAACAUUGCUUAAAGAAAAUAAAGAAGUCCCAUUAAAUGGAAAGACAUUUCAUGUUUAUGAAUCAUAAUAUUUAGUAUGGCAAAGUGAAGAUACAAAUAUUCCCCAAACUGACCUAAACUUCAGAGAAAUCCCUAUUAAUAUCUCAACUGGCUUCUUUGCAGAAACUGACAAGCAGAUCUAAAAUUCAUAUGUAAAUGAAGUUUCAGAAUCAUCAAAGAAUUCUUGAAAAAAAAUAAUAAAGUUGGAGCACUCACACUUUCCUACUUUCAAACUUAAUAUAAAACUCAGUAAUCAAGACAAUGUUGUACUGACAUCAAGAUAUAAGCAAACUGGCAGUGGUCCAAGGAACACUCUUUGAGUCCUGCUGCUCUGGGGAAACUUCACUGAAGACAAGGAGAAGAAGGAUUGGGAGUUAAUAAAGGAACAGAAGGGAGGAGGAGAAAAAGGAGACCAUGGAUUUGUGGAAGACUAGGGAAGUUUUAAGAAAGAGGAAGAGGUUAAUUGUGUUAACUGCAAGAUAGUCAAUUAGAAUGAAGACCAGAAAGAAGCCAUUGAAUUGACAAGUAGGACACGUGUAACCUUUGAAAGAGUGAUUUCAGUGGAGUGCUGGUGGUGAAGGAAGAUCAAGAAAAGCUUCUUUGAAGAAUCUGCAGAAUUUCUAAUAUUUCUUUGGUUGUGCAACAGAAAGCUGUGGGGGAUAUAAAACUUUUGAUCAAUCCAAUUGCUCCUAAAUUGUGUGUCAGCUUGCCUGAAGUCACAAUGGCUGCAGCAACUGUUUAAGUGUCACAUUCUCAUGGAAAUAGUUAAGGGCAGAAGAGCUGUGUCAUCUCUGUAUCUCAUUUUAUCACGCUGCCAGCAGACAACCUUUGAUCCUGCAAAGACCAAAACUGCAUCCUGAGCAGUUAGUUAGCCUACACUAACCCAGGCAGGCUUGUAUUUGAAGAAACUGAAGAACCUGAUUUUAUUGCAUUAUGUCAGAAAUUAAAGAUACCAGAUCAUGUCAGAGAAAGAGCUUGGUUUACUUGGGAAAAAGUUUCAUCUGUGGAUGGAGUGUUGGAAGGUUAUAGUCAAAGGAAAAAGGAACUGUGGGGAAUCUGUAUCUUUAUUGCAGCAGUUGACCUAGAUGAGAUGCCAUUCACCUUUACUGAGCUACAGAAAAACAUAGAAACCAGUGUCUACAAAUUCUUUGAUUUACUAAAAGAAGUUGAUACGAGUACCAAAGUUGAUAAUGCUAUGUCAAGACUGUUGAAGAAGUAUAAGGUAUUGUGUGCACUCUACAGCAAAUUGGAAAGGACAUGUGAACAUAUAUAUUUGACACAACCUGGCAGUUUGCUAUCUACUGAAAUAAACUCUAUGUUGGUGCUAAAAGCUUCUUGGAUCACAUUUUUACUAGCUAAAGGGGAAGUGUUACAAAUGGAAGAUGAUCUCGUCAUCUCAUUUCAGUUAAUGCUCUGUGUCCUUGAUUAUUUUAUUAAACUCUCACCUCCUGCAUUGCUUAAAGAACCAUAUAAAACAGCUGUAAUACCUUUUAAUGGUUCACCUCGAACACCAAGGCGAGGUCAGAACAGGAGUGCACGGAUAGCAAAACAACUAGAAAAUGAUACAAGAAUUAUUGAAGUUCUCUGUAAAGAACAUGAAUGUAAUAUAGAUGAGGUGAAAAAUGUUUAUUUCAAAAAUUUCAUACCUUUUAUGAAUUCUCUUGGAAUUGUAGCUUCUAAUGGACUUCCAGAGGUGGAAAGUCUCUCUAAACAAUAUGAAGAAAUUUACCUUAAAAACAAAGAUCUUGAUGCAAGAUUAUUUCUGGAUCAUGAUAAAACUCUUCAGGCUGAUCCUAUAGACAGUUUUGAAAUGCAGAGAACACCACGAAAAAGUAACUCUGAUGAAGAGGUGAAUACGAUGCUUCCGCAGACUCCAGUUAGGACUGUUAUGAAUACUAUUCAACAGUUAAUGAUGAUCUUAAAUUCAGCAAGUGAUCAACCAUCAGAAAAUCUGAUUUCCUAUUUUAAUAACUGCACAGUGAAUCCAAAGGAAAGUAUCCUGAAAAGAGUGAAGGAUAUUGGAUGCAUCUUUAAAGAGAAAUUUGCUAAAGCUGUGGGACAGGGAUGUAUGGAAAUUGGAUCACAGAGAUACAAACUUGGAGUCCGAUUAUAUUACCGAGUAAUGGAAUCUAUGCUUAAAUCAGAAGAAGAACGAUUAUCCAUUCAAAAUUUUAGUAAACUCCUGAAUGACAACAUCUUUCAUAUGUCUUUGUUGGCAUGCGCUCUUGAGGUUGUAAUGGCUACAUAUAGCAGAAGUACAUCUCAGAAUCUUGAUACUGGAACAGAUUUGUCCUUCCCAUGGAUUCUGAAUGUACUUAAUUUAAAAGCCUUUGAUUUUUACAAAGUGAUUGAAAGUUUUAUCAAAGCAGAAGCCAACUUGACCAGAGAAAUGAUAAAACAUUUAGAGCGAUGUGAACAUCGAAUCAUGGAAUCCCUUGCAUGGCUCUCUGAUUCACCUUUAUUUGAUCUUAUUAAACAAGCAAAGGACCGAGAAGGACCAGCUGAUCACCUUGAAUCUGCUUGUACUCUCAGCCUUCCUCUCCAGAGUAAUCACACUGCAGCAGAUAUGUAUCUUUCUCCAAUCAGAUCCCCAAAGAAAAAAGGAACUACACGUGUAAAUUCUACUGCAAACACAGAGGCACAAGCAACCUCAGCCUUCCAGACUCAGAAGCCAUUGAAAUCUACCUCCCUUUCACUUUUUUACAAAAAAGUGUACCGACUGGCGUAUCUUCGACUAAAUACUCUGUGUGCACGCCUUCUGUCUGACCACCCUGAACUGGAACACAUCAUCUGGACCCUUUUUCAGCACACACUGCAAAAUGAGUAUGAACUCAUGAGAGACAGGCAUUUGGAUCAGAUUAUGAUGUGUUCCAUGUAUGGCAUUUGCAAAGUGAAGAAUAUAGACCUUAAAUUCAAAAUCAUUGUAACAGCAUACAAGGAUCUUCCUCAUGCUGUUCAGGAGACAUUCAAACGAGUUUUGAUCAGAGAAGAGGAGUAUGAUUCCAUUAUAGUAUUCUAUAACUCAGUCUUCAUGCAGAGACUUAAAACGAAUAUUUUGCAGUAUGCUUCUACCAGGCCCCCGACUUUGUCACCAAUACCUCACAUUCCUCGAAGCCCUUACAAGUUUUCUAGUUCACCUUUACGAAUUCCUGGGGGAAACAUCUAUAUAUCACCGCUGAAGAAUCCAUAUAAAAUUUCAGAAGGUGUGCCAACACCAACAAAAAUGACUCCAAGAUCGAGAAUCUUAGUAUCAAUUGGUGAAUCAUUUGGGACUUCUGAGAAGUUCCAGAAAAUAAAUCAGAUGGUGUGUAACAGCGACCGUGUGCUCAAAAGAAGUGCUGAAGGAGGCAACCCUCCUAAACCGCUGAAAAAACUACGCUUUGAUAUUGAAGGAUCAGAUGAAGCAGACGGAAGUAAACAUCUCCCAGGGGAAUCCAAAUUUCAACAGAAACUGGCAGAAAUGACAUCUACCCGAACACGAAUGCAGAAGCAAAAAAUGAACGAUAGCAUGGAUACCUCAAACAGGGAAGAAAAAUGAGGAUCCCAUGACCUCACUGGGCACCGUAUAAACCUGUGGCCUCAUUGUCUCUCACAGAGCAGACUGUGUGACUCUCCCAGGUUCUGUUUACGGCCGCAUUGAAUAUGAUCUUCAGCUCUUUUUACGGAUAUUGGAUCUCGAGUGUGCAGAUGGGCUUGCCUGUGCGUGCAGGGGAUUCCUAAGCCACUUGCAACAUCGUAGUCAGUAGAAUAUACAUUGUUAUUGCACAAGAUUGAAAAUCUUGUGUAAAUACUGCCAUUUAGAAAGUUGUAGCAGAUGUUUUCAUUUCCAAAAUAUAAUUGCUGUGCUCUACAAACGGCAAGGAUGCCCUGGGAGGGGCAUCCCAGCAACCCAGGCCUAUUUGAGUACUUUGUCUUUUCUUGUGGCAUAUAUGUGAUGUUUGCUAUUAUUUUAUUAAUUUAUAUUUAUAUAUUUUUUAAUUUAACAUGAACGCCCUUAGAAUAUGUGUCCUGUCUUCCAAAUGCAAUUUGGCUGACUACUUCCCCCUCACCCAAGUGAUCCUGAACUCUUCUGCUAAAACAGAUAUUAGAAACUAGAAAAAAAAAAAAUUACUAAUUUUUACACAUUAGAUUUUAGUUUACUAAUGGAAUUUGAUGUACUGUGUGCUUGUUUUAUAAAUUUUAGUUUUAAAAUACAAGCAGAAAGCAGAGUAUAAACAAAUGAUGUCGUCAUACUACUGAUACAGAUUUCAUACCUCAGGACUUGUAAGAAUUUAUUGAUCCUUUUCUCCAUCCAACUCCUGCUUUAAAGUGAGGGUUAUUAAUAGUACUCUUGGUUUUCAUAAACCAUUCAGAACCCCGAAUUCAGGAAGUACCCAUCUAGUACUUGGAAAAUAAAGUGUUCAGCUAGAGCUUUGCCAUAGAGGGCCCUAAGACAGGAUAUCCCAAGUGCACUUUCUAAUGUUUCUGGGUCCGAAGAAUCAAGACCUAAAAUAAUUUUACUCCACAGACUGUUAACUAUAGGAGCCUUAAUUUUUCUUUCUUAGAGGUUUGUUUAAUUGCAUCUCAGCAAUUAUUCUGCCCUCCUAAACUUGGGAAGGGGUGUGUUUUCUCGGGAAUUGUACAUGUCUUCCAUGUAUCUUUUGAGCUGGCAAUUGUCUAUUUAUCUUUUUUUUUUUCUUUAAGUCAGUAUGGUCUAACACUGGCAUAUUCAAAGCCACAUCAUUUCUACUCCAAAAUUGCAAGUAAUCAAAGGUCUUUGGGUUAGGCAUUCAUGUUUCUAUCUGAUUUUGUGCAAAAGCUUCAACUUAAAACAGCUACGUUAGAAAAAGAGGCGCUUCCCCCCCCCCCCCAGCACCUAAAGGUGUAUUUAAACUAUCUUGUGUGAUUAACUUAUUUAGAGAUGGUAUAAUUUAAAUUAGGUGAUAUUUAAGGUAGCAUCAGCUAGCUUUUAGGAAAAAUCACUUUGUCUACCCAGAAUUCUUUUUAAAAAGAAUUCUGGUCUUAUUUGUUAGAAAAUGACAUUUUAUUUUGUGCUCGGUUAAGUUUCAAACUUGUUAUCUUGAUAACAAAGGCACUAGAAAGCUUUCUCCCAUUUCCUCAUUAGUUUCUGCAUGAACAUCAUACAAAUCAGUUAGCUUUUAGGUCAAGGGCUACCAUAUUUCUGGGUCUUUAGCUAAUAAAGGUUUACGUUAGAGUUAGUGCCAGAAUUUUAGGAACUUCAGAGAUCAUAUAUUGAGAUUACUUACAUAAGGCUUCAGGUAUUGCUUUAUUGCUUUUUUGUAUUGGUUAAAACUGUACAUUUAAAAUUGCUUUGUUACUAUUUUCUACAAUUAAUAGUUUAUUUUAAAAUAAAUUAGUUGUUAAGAGUC